AAGUGAAAACCAGAUUCAAGGCAUCCCAAGGAAGGCUUUUCGAGGAAUUACUGAUGUAAAGAAUUUGCAACUGGACAACAAUCAGAUCAGCUGCAUCGAAGAUGGAGCGUUCCGAGCCCUGCGUGACCUGGAGAUUCUUACCCUCAAUAACAACAACAUCUCACGCAUCCCUCUCACCAGCUUCAACCAUAUGCCAAAGAUCAGGACCCUGCGGCUUCAUUCCAAUUAUUUAUACUGUGACUGCCACCUGGCCUGGCUUUCGGAUUGGCUGCGUCAGAGGCGAUCGGUUGGACAAUUCACCUUCUGCAUGGCACCUGUUCAUCUGAGAGGAUUCAACGUAGCUGAUGUUCUGAAAAAAGAAUAUGUCUGUGCAGGUUCACAUGCUGAACCACCAUCCUGCAAUGCCAAUUCCAUCAGCUGCCCAUCUGCUUGCACUUGUAGUAAUAAUAUUGUGGACUGUCGGGGAAAGGGCUUAACUGAACUUCCAGCCAACCUACCAGAGAAUAUUGUGGAAAUCCGUUUAGAGCAGAACUCCAUCAAAGCCAUUCCUCCUGGAGCCUUUUCUCAAUACAAGAAACUUAAAAGAAUUGAUAUCAGUAAGAAUCAGAUAUCGGAUAUCGCACCAGAUGCUUUUCAUGGAUUGAAAUCACUCACCUCUCUAGUGCUCUAUGGAAAUAAGAUCACAGAGAUUCCCAAGAGCCUUUUUGAUGGGCUUGUAUCCUUGCAGUUACU